GAGAGCAUCAAAGAGAGGCGUGUGAAACUUAGGUGGAAUCUGAGGAGCCGAAAAGAUGUUUGUGGGGACUGAUUAUUGGAGGAGGCGGAGGAGGAGCAGGAAGGAAGGUUAAAUAAUGUCCAUCGGGGAAGCAUAUAACGACGCGCUUCCGUGCAUAAAUUUCCACGGUCCGUCAUCAAGAUUUUGAGGGAAAAGAAGGUAAAAUAUGGGAAAAGGAUUUGUGGGUUUUCUUUAACCAUGCCAUGCUCAGCUCAGUCCAUUUCAUGUCGGCCUGUUACAAUAGCAAGAAAGCACAAUAAGCAUUUAAAAAAAUAAAGCUGUCUUGGCUCUGCUCCUUUGCUUGCCUUUUCUCUUUGCUUUUCCUUCUUGGUCUCUGAUUUCUCGGCGACAAGUCAGUUUCUCUCCACCUUGAUCCCGGCCACCCUCUCUCUCUAAGUUCUCUCUCUUUCUUGCUCUGUCUCAAAUCCCAAAAUCUUCUCUUUUUGUCUCUCUCCUUCUCCUUCUCCUUCUCCAUUUUUUUUUGGCUCCCCAUUAUUUGCUGCUGCUGCUGCUGCUGCUUACCCAGUUCUUGAUUUCCUCCCGCCCUUCUUUCUUUCUCCGGGGAUCUAGAAUUCGGAUUAGAGCCUGCCCAGAAUCUGUUCUUGGCUGGAGAUUUAGCUGAAUCAGCUGUUCUGUGCAUCAUUGGAACUUUACAGGUGCAAAGCAAUCGGGUUUUGGUGGGGAAAGUGGCAAUCUUUUAGCAAAUCUUUUUUGGGUCGCGGGGUUCUCUUUUUCUCUUUCAGCUGGGAAGCAGCUGAAGGCUGCUGAAGAGGGAGCUUUGAGAGUUUCCCCGGUGUAGUCUUUGAGCUGAAAGCACUUGGUGGGUAGAAACAGAGGUGGGUUCUGAUUGGUUGGUUUCGUGUGUGGAGAUGGUGUCGUGGUUGUAUUUGGAAGAAAUUGAUUGCCGCAAUUGUUUUGGGAAAAUGGGUUGGAGGUUAUGGUGAAGUACUUUAAGGUCUGUUGUGGAAGCCAACUUGAAAGGAGGUUCAGAAUAGAAGUUUGGCGGAGUUAAUUAGCGAUACUAAGUAUGAAGGUUCCUUCCAAUGGAUUUUUAGCUGGUGGUGGGGAAGGUGAAAAGAAGAGUAUAAAUUCAGAGUUAUGGCAUGCUUGUGCGGGGCCAUUGGUGUCUUUGCCUCCAGUUGGGAGUCUCGUGGUCUACUUUCCCCAAGGCCACAGUGAGCAAGUUGCAGCAUCAAUGCAGAAGGAGACUACUUGUGUACCCAGCUACCCCAAUCUGCCAAAGUUGAUAUGCAUGCUUCACAAUGUGACAUUGCAUGCUGAUCUCGAAACUGAUGAAGUCUAUGCACAAAUGACCCUUCAACCCGUAAGCAAAUAUGACCAGGAGGCGCUACUGGCAUCUGAUAUGGGCCUCAAGCAAAGCAGGCAGCCUACAGAGUUUUUCUGCAAGACGCUUACGGCUAGCGACACAAGUACUCAUGGUGGAUUUUCAGUUCCUCGUCGAGCUGCUGAGAAGAUCUUCCCAUCACUAGAUUUUACUAUGCAGCCACCUUGCCAGGAGCUAACGGCUAGAGAUUUGCAUGAUAAUUCGUGGACAUUCAGACAUAUUUACCGAGGCCAGCCAAAAAGGCACUUGCUCACUACUGGUUGGAGUGUCUUUGUCAGCACAAAGAGGCUCUUUGCUGGUGAUUCUGUUCUCUUCAUUAGGGAUGAAAAGUCACAGCUUCUAUUGGGGAUAAGGCGAGCUAAUAGGCAGCAGCCCGCUCUCUCCUCAUCUGUCAUAUCUAGCGAUAGCAUGCAUAUUGGAAUUCUUGCAGCUGCAGCUCAUGCUGCGGCGAACAACAGCCCUUUCACUAUAUUUUACAAUCCGAGGGCAAGUCCUUCUGAAUUCGUGAUCCCCUUGGCUAAGUACAAUAAAGCAUUUUAUACUCAAGUUUCUCUUGGCAUGAGAUUCAGAAUGAUGUUUGAGACCGAGGAGUCGGGAGUCCGAAGAUACAUGGGUACAAUCACUGGAAUUAGUGAUUUGGAUUCUGUGAGAUGGAAAAACUCCCAGUGGCGCAAUCUCCAGGUGGGGUGGGACGAGUCGACAGCCGGUGAACGACCAAGCAGAGUUUCAAUGUGGGAAAUAGAGCCUGUUGUAACUCCUUUUUACAUAUGUCCACCUCCUUUUUUUCGGCCCAAGUUUCCUAGGCAACCUGGUAUGCCUGAUGAUGAGUCUGAUGUAGAAAAUGCUUUCAAGAGGGCCAUGCCUUGGCUUGGAGAUGAGUUUGGCAUCAAGGACACGCCUAACUCAAUCUUCCCUGGCUUGAGUUUGAUGCAGUGGAUGAGCAUGCAGCAGAGUAAUCCACUUCAAGCCACUCAAUCCGGACUUCUACCUCCAAUGCUUUCUUCCACUGGUUUACACAAUAACCUUGGCAUCGACGACCCCUCCAAAUUGCUAAGUUUCCAAGCCCCCACCCAAGGUCUUCAAUUUAAUAAAACGAAUCCACAAAAUCAAGUCAGUCAAUUGCUGCAACCGUCUAUGGCUUGGUCUCAACAGCACCAGCUUCAGCAACUGUUGCAGAAUCCUCUGGGCCACCAGCAGCAGCAGCAGCAGCAGCAGCUGCAGCGCCAACAACAGCAGCAAUUGCAGUCGUCACAGCAGCAGACGCCCCAACAGCUGCCACAGUCACAACCACCUCAACAGCAGCCGCUGCAGCCACAACAGUUUCAACAGCAAUCACCUCAUCAGCCGUCACAACAAACGUCACAACAGCAACAAGUAGUGCAAACGCCUCUUGGAAAUGGUGGGGUGGUUACAUCUAAUCAGUUCCCCAGCCAGAUGGUGCAGCAAUCAGCUUUAUACUCUCAACUACAGCAGCAGCAGCAGCAACAGCAGCAGCAACUGCUGACCACCCAAAAUGCACCAUCCCAGCCAAGCAUACUCGGUAUCAAUAAAGUUCCUGUGCAUCCAACAUCUGUAUCACAAGAUUCAAAAUUUCAGUCACAGAUGGAGCAGCAGCAACCUAGCCUCUUACAGAGGCAUCAGCAGCAGCCGAUGCAGAUGCAACCUUCCUCACUUCUGCAGCAGAGCUGGACACAAAGGGCACAGCCGCAACUGCAGCCACAGCUUCCGCAGGUAUUGCAGCAGAAUUUAUCAGAGCAGCAGAUUCAACUACAACUGCAGAAAUUGCAGCAGCAGCAGCAGCAUCAACAACAACUGCCCAACCCUGCAGGCCCUCUUUUGCAGCCUCAAUUGCAACAGCAACAGCAACAGCAACAGCAACAGCAACAUCAACAGCAAGUUGUUCCGCAGAAUCAGAUGCCUUUGUCUCAACAACAGCUCGUCUGCAACAGCCUUCCCACUCCGGCUCUCUUGCCACCCCAACCAUCAAAUCCCAACCACCUUUAUGGACAGCAGAAGGCACUUACUGCUGUUAGAGCUCUCUCUGGGCUCACAGAUGGAGAUGGUCCUUCAUGCUCUACCUCUCCUUCUACUAAUAACUGCCAUAUCCCCUCGUCUAACUUUCUCUGCAAGAAUCAAGUAGCGCAACCUGUAUUAGUUGGGGAUUCAUCUUUAAUAGAACCCAUGAAUCAUCUAAUUCAAGAACAUCAAAUGAAGCCUGAUGCCCGCAUCAAGCAUGAAUUGCCAAGCUCAAAGGGGCAUGACCAACUGAAAUAUAAGGCUUCUGUUACUGAUCCCCUAGAAGUGUCAUCAUCUGCAACAUCAUACUGCCUAGAUGCUACCGCAGCUCAGCAGAAUUUUUCGCUUCCGACAUUUUGUUUGGACAGUGAUGUUCAAUCACAACCUCGCAACACCUCGCCUUUUGCUGCUAAUAUCGACAAUUUGGCAGCUGAUACAUUGCUUUCGAGGGGUUUUGAUUCUCAGAAGGAUCUUCAAAACUUGCUUUCAACUUAUGGUGGUGGUACUCCAAGAGAUAUCGAGACCGAGUUAUCCACUGCUGCAAUCAGUUCACAGUCGUUUGGGGUGCCAAGCAUGCCUUUUAAGGCUGGCUGUUCAAACGAUGUUGCAAUCAAUGACACUGGGGUUUUGAAUGGUGGAAUUUGGUCUAGUCAGACUCAACGUAUGAGGACAUAUACCAAGGUUCAAAAGCGUGGUUCCGUCGGGAGAUCCAUCGACAUAACCCGUUAUAGAGGUUAUGAUGAACUUAGGCGGGACUUGGCUCGCAUGUUUGGAAUUGAAGGACAGUUAGAAGACCCACAUCGGACAGAUUGGAAGCUAGUCUACAUGGAUCAUGAAAAUGACAUACUGCUUGUUGGUGACGAUCCUUGGGAGGAAUUUGUAACAUGUGUUCAAAGCGUAAAGAUUCUGUCAUCUACCGAAGUACAGCAAAUGAGCUUGGAUGGGGACUUGGGCCUUGUACCCAUUCCGAACCAAGCGUCUAGUGGAACCGACAGCGGAAACGCAUGGAGAGGUCACUACGACGAUAACUCGGCUGCCUCAUUUAACCGAUAAGACGACUAUAACUCGGCUGCCUCAUUUAACCGAUAAGAUUUGCAGGUGAUAUAUUGAUUAGUAGAUAGUGCCAAUGCUUUAGCCCGCGGGUUGGCAGAGGGAGAUCAACUGCUCGCUGGAACUGUGACCAAAGAGAUUCACGUGGUAAGAUUCAAGGUCAAGCAAGCUGUUUUCAGUUUCAAGCGGAUGAGAAGCCAUAAUUUGGGGAUUGCUUUGUUAACUCACGAAGAUAUCGGUGCAAAAUUAAUCUUCUGGCUAACCCAGAGUGGCUGUCCUUUUUGUGACCUUUUUUAUUAUUAUUGUGGAUUGUAGAAGUAGAUAUGAAGAUUCAGGCAAUAGAUGUGGCAAGAAGUUGUUCAUUGACACAUGGGAAAAAGAGGAGUGGAAGUAUAUAUACUUGUGGAAAGCUGACUGUAGUUUCCCUCUGUAAAUUGUAUGGUGAUCUUAACAGUCACAUGAGCAUCAGCAGCUGCCACCCUCUUGCCAGCUGAAACAAAGUUAAUUUGGCCCAAUCUGGAUUA